AGGCUGGUUUAUUUGGUACCGCCGUGCGGGGAACGAUGGAUGCCACUCUCAAUAGGGGUGAUUUGAUCCCGGGAAGAAAAGCGCGGUCGACGGAACUGCGAUCUGAAUCUAGAUGAUCAGCAAGCAAGAAGCCACAAGGAAGCGCGCAGAAAGCGAACUUGGAAACCUUGACAUGAAAACAGCCUUAUCAGAAAUGGAAGAUCUGAAGGACACCGGUCCCGGAAACGCUCAGGAGCUCGUCCACCCUGGUCCACCCUUCACCAGAGAAGAUGAAAUCAACGUAUACCGCAAACUGGAUUGGAACCUGAUGCCCCUAGUUUUUGUUCUCUAUAGCCUCUCAGUUCUUGAUCGAUCGAAUUUUGGAAAUUCCAAGAUCGCAGGCAUGGAAGACGAUAUUGAUUGAGCGGGAGGCUACCCCUUCAUCGUGUGUGGAGCUCUGGUAGCUGCUGUCGGGUACAAUGUCCUAGCUACGCAAACCACUGUGGCAGCCAGGUACUUUGGACUGUUCCUCGCGACCCAGGUCUUUGUGUCUAUAGCUCUAAUU